UAUGUAGGCCUCGCGAGCUACACAGUUCUCGUCUGGGACCAUCUAAUUACGCUCGAUGACGAGAUCAAAUACAUCUGGGAGCGAACGAAGAACCUGCGCACGACGAUUUAUCUAUUCUUCCUGAACCGAUACCUCACUCCCAUCGCGUUUCUCGGCAACUUGUACGCGUACCUCUCCAGCGCGUGGACACCGGAAGAUAUUUGCAGGUGCUCGCAUUUUGUACGCUACGAAGGCAGCAUGACUGUCAUCGGCAUUAAUACCUCGGCUCUAAUGAUGCUCUUCCGGAUUCACGGUCUCUACCGCCUGCAACCGGGGGCUACCGCAGCUGUAGCCCUAGUGUUCGUUGUCGAGCUUGCUACCAACGCUUGGUUGUUGACUCAUGGAAUAGCCGUUCCGCACAGUCCUGGUAUUCACGGGUGCAGCAUGAUAUUCGAUCCUAAUGUCUCCCUUCCCAGGAAAGGUGUCGCAGCCGCGGCAUCCGCUUGGUUGCCGCUGGUGUUCGAUACAACGGUUUUCGCCCUGACAUUGUGGAAGACGUACAGCGGUCUCAAGUAUCCAACAAUUAUGCGCACCACUCGCCUGUUCCUUCAGGAGGGUCUCAUGUACUACGGCGUGAUAUUCUGCGUCACUCUGGUGCUCACAAUAAUGAUCCUUACCGCUCCGGAUGGAAUCAAGAUGGUCAUCGCUCACCCGAUGACUGAACACAUGCGUCUUAGGAUGACUGUAGCAAUGAUGUCUCGAAUCACUCUUCACAUGAAGAAGGAGCAACAC